UACGAAUAAUCAUAUUGGCUGUUCACACAGUUAGCUGGUAUAGAAAAGGUUCACUGGUCAGAGAUAGACACAUCGCAGGGAGAGGAAAUACAUCUCGCCAAGAGGGCGACCGCUUCUUUUUAGUUUUAGUACGUUUACGUUGUCAUCGUGGACCUUAAUUGUUGACAUGUAGCUGGACUUUUCAAGUGAUUAUAAAGUAUAUGAAUACGAUAAGGUCAUUGUCCACUGAACGAGGUUGGAUUUACAAACAUAUCACUGGUUAAUCAAUUAUUUAUCUAACGAAGAGGAUCGCGCUUGUGUUUUGUUUGAUUUAAAUCUUUAAACAUGAACUUACAUUGUGUUUUUGUCUUAAUACAUCGUGAAAAAUACUAAUAGUACAAAAGGUACUUUAAACACGAUUGAUGUAAAUUUAAAGUGUUAAGACUCGAACUGGAAGUGGUCAGUUGAGAUAGUGGGCACUACGCCGACCUAGAAAAAGACGCAAAUGUGAGGUCAUUGACCAGAGAGAAACCGCUGUGGGGAUAAGUAAAAUAAAUCAUUACAUUAAGGAAACUACUGACCAGUGACUUAUAAUUGUGAAUAAUUUGGAUAUUUUAAUGAAAGUGGAGCGAAUUUCCGCCAUCUUGUCUGCCUUUGUCCGAAGUAAUACCGGUACAUCAAGGGGUUUAAUGUCUAACAAACUGACAUGUCUCGCCGUAAACAGGGGCGGCCAGUUCAGAGACUGACCAUAGACUCGGUUGAACAAGAGAAUGACCUGCUGGUGUGUGGUGACUGCCAGACAAACUUCCGGCUGCGUGAGAUCACCAAGUUCAUCCGCCACAAGGUCAACAAGUGUGGCAAAGAGAAAACCGAUGAGAAUGAGAGCUACGAACAAAACGAUGACGGCAACAAUAGCGCGGUCAUCAGCAGCAAACGGACGCCGAUCUCGGCGCCAAUCACGCGCCGCGAGCUUCUUGAUGCGGCAUGCAAACUAAGCUGCGGUGCCAAUGGCGAUGUGAAGAUUGAGACAGAGGAUGAGGCAGGUCACGAGGUGAAAGACGUGAAGGAACGCGUGCCGCUCAAGCAGAAACAGGGUGUCGAUGCCGAGUCUAACACUACCAAUACAGAGCCAGUCAAGGUGACAUGUGACAGCUGCAGAAAGGUGUUUGGUUCUGCCUGGUUGCUCAUGCAGCAUGCCCAGAAGGACCAUGGCCUGCGCAUCUAUGUGACGUCCAGCCGUGACUCUCACACACCCUCUGAGUCGCACAGGUCCACACCAAAUGCUCCGAGGAGCAGGAAAGGAGAAGAAAAGUCGCGUGAGUCAGAUCAUCGAUUUGACGACAAACGAGAUAAAAAUGACAGUCUCCAUAAGUUUCGGAAUGAUUUGACCGAGCCUCUGCGAACAACGCCAUCUGUGGGUAGCGUCAGUAGUGGGGAGGGGCCACACUCAAGGCAUGCGCCUUCCCCUCACAACCCCUUCAUGUACCCCAGAAUGCCCUUUGGCGACAUUCGUCAUCCCCUCUCCCCUAUUACUGGCCUGGGGCACUUCGGAAGAGAUCUGAGACUGGACUUUCCCCAAGAUGUGUUUGCACCUCGAGGCCUGUUUGGUCUGCCCAGUUUUGAACAUGGCACGCCCAGCGCUUCUCCAUAUCACCCAUUUGAACCAAGACGAGGAGGAACUGGCAUGAGUCUAGACGAUUUUUACUCUCAAAGGUUACGUCAGCUUGCAUCGUCAACCUCCCCGUUGCCGCCACGCAAGCACACGCCCCCGUUCCCACAGUCUCCUCUGGGUGGCAGCAGUACAAGCCCAGCCAGCAUGUUCAACCACAGCCAUGGGGGCAAGGGCUCCACUACGCCAACCGAGCUUGACAAACAAGACGAUACACAGGGCAGCCCUGGAAAUCAGAAAUCAUGCGAGUUCUGUGGAAAGACAUUCCGUUUCCAGAGCAACCUGAUUGUUCAUCGUCGGUCUCAUACGGGGGAGAAACCGUACAAAUGUCCACUGUGCCCGCACGCCUGCACGCAGCAGAGCAAGUUAAAGAGACACCUGAAGACGCACAGUAAGACAGGGACGGCCAACACCUCGGAGGGCAGCCAUCCCUCAAGCAGCAGCACACCAGACUCCAACAAGAUGGGAGACGAUGAUGAUGACGAUGCUGAUGAGGAAGAGGAGGAGGAACAAGAGGAGGAGGAAGAAGAGGAGAUGGAAAUCAACAGCAUCAAACAGGAGCCUGGAUACCAGAACAAGGAGACAGAUCAGAGGAAGUGUGAUGAGCAGAGGAAAGCGUAUACCAGUGGCAGUGAACUGGCAGCGAGACUGUUUAAUGAACGAAUCGCUAUGACUAUCACCAGUGAGUUGGCAAAGGAUGACCCAGCCAGUAAAAAUGUCUCCAUACUCACUGAAGUCAUUCAGAACUCUGGUUUACAGAACCUACCCCAAUACAACGACGCUUUUAAACAGGCCAUGGCAGAGAAAGGGUUUCUGCAUGCGCCGAUCAGGCCCAGCAGUAAUCCUCCCCCAGCAGGCAGCCCAUUGGUUGACAAACUCAACGCCUUGGAGGACAAGGAACAACAAGGCUGCAAACGAGAACGUCCCGCAGAAGACUCUAACAUCAUGUCCAUCUCCAAGAUGAUCAAGAAAGAACCUCAUGAGAAGCAGAACCACUCACCGGUGCCGACUUCUCAAAGACUCAACAACAUCGACCCACCAUUCUGGUUUCAGAAUCAUCACGACAACUUUUUCAAAAAUUUUCAUCUGUCUGACAUCACCCCGAAUGGGUUUGGUGGUAUCAGUUCAGGAAACGAAUCAUCCAAUCCUAGUUCAUCUGUCUUAAACAGCAUGAACGCCACAUCUACACCGAUACCCACGAAUGGUUCUCCAGCAGUCCGUAAAGACCGUCUGCGUAACGACACUUGUGAGUUUUGUGGGAAGGUCUUCAAGAACUGCAGCAACCUGACGGUCCACCGCCGCUCACACACAGGGGAGAAGCCCUAUAAAUGCAUGCUGUGCAGCUACGCCUGCGCUCAGUCCAGCAAGCUCACGCGUCACAUGAAGACUCAUGGCCGAUAUGGGAAAGACGUCUAUAAGUGCAAGUUUUGUAUGAUGCCGUUCUCUGUACCAAGCACUCUGGAGAAGCACAUGAGAAAGUGUGUGGAGAACCUGAACAAGAUGCCGCUAGGCGAUGGUGAGGACUCUUCAAACAGCGAUGAAGAGUCAGCCUCAGACAGCCAAUCAGCGCUGUCGUCUGCUUCCCUGUCUCUGCCCUCGACGCCUCUCAACGCGCCCUCCCUGAACAUCCCGAUGACAUUCUCUCUGGCAGGAACCUUCGACAAGCACAUGCGUCGAGCAGAGAGCAGUAACGCAAUGGAUGGGGAUGACACAGGGUCCAACAGUGACGCAACUCCGGUCAGCGAGGCCUCUGUUUCGUCUGCAAGCAUGCUGCCACUCUCGUACCCCUCACCAGCUCUGUCACUGGCAUCCAGUUUAGCCCUUGCCAGUUCGGGGUUGUCCCUAGGAAUUGUGCCCAGUCUAAAUGCCCAAUCACCAAAUAUAUAGACAGUGUGAAUAGCAAUCUCACUCAUGUGAAGCAUAAUAUAUUUCAUGUAGAAUUAAGCUUAAUGAGGGCAAGUUUGGAUUAGCAUUGAAAUAAUUUCUUUUAUUUCUUAUCGGUGUAGACCCCAGGAGCAUUCUCAGUUGUGCCAUAUUUUUCCUAUGUCUUUUUCUGUUCUAUGUAGCUCAUUUUUGCUCAAUAUUUGUAAUUCAUUCUUUAUAUCUUCAAGUUUUGGUAGAUUUGUUCUUGAUCAGGUUUUUUCAUUGUUUUACCUUGUACCACUAUUUUGACUGAAAAUGAUUCAAGGGAAGUAACUCAGUAAGUGUAUGCUGUACAUAGUAUCACAAUACAUAGACCUGUAGUGCUCAAAGUGAUGUCUUCAAAUGACGCCAUGAUUGUGAGGCUAGCUUAAAGACAGGAGUGCUUGUAGAGACCCCACAAGGAACAAAUAUACCAUAUUGCUUGUGAUGUGAACUGAUAUUAUUUUAUUGUAAAACGAGGGACAUUAAAACCCUUACUUUUGUAUGGCAGAUAUAUUAUCACAUGCUGAUCAUUAUCUACAAUUUGAGUCUGGUACUGGGUAAACAGGUCCUUAUGCAUGGAACAGCACUAACCCUUUGCACGCUGGGAAAUUUGUCGUCUGUUAAAUUGUUGUCUGCUUAAUUUCUAAAAUUAGCAUUUUCUUCGAUUUUUUUUCAAAGAAUAUUAUCAGGAUAGCAAACAGUUUUGAUCCUGAUGAGACGCCACGCUCUGUGGCGUCUCAUCUGGAUCCAAACUGUUUGCAAAGGCCUUCAAAAUGCGGUUCCCGCACUGAAAGGGCUAAGCACAUGCGUUAAGACCUGUUUUCCCAGACCGUGGUUCAUCAUUGUCUUACCACUUCUUAUGAGGUGAGGGAUGUUUUUCAGUAGAUUACGGUUUAGAAUUGUCUAUUGUGUUUUGACUUGUUUUUUAUUUGUUGUUAGCAUUUAUAUCUGUAUGUUUCACUGUAUAAUUCUGUCAGUGUACAACUUGAUGUGUUUGCUCCAUGACUUGGUAACCUGUAUAUACAUUUUGUAGUUAACUGUUUGGUGCUUGUUGAUUUUAAUUGCUUACAAAUACACUCAGUUAUGCUGUUAAAGAUUGGAAAAGCAGUCUCUGAUUGUCUAGAAAACACGCGCAGGAUUAUUUGGAGGAACUGUGCUGGGCACACCAUUAAACUUUCUUUCUUGUUAAAUAUCAGUAUGAAAUUACAAAUAAUAAUGAAAGGUGGCAGGGUGUUGUCAGCCCUGUCCUUGGGUCUUGUGUUUAAUCUCUCCUCAACAAGCGCUUAAAUGAUCUUUCCUUAAGCACUCUUUGUAAUGGUUAUUGGUUUCACCCAGGAUACAGACUUUAGUGUGCUAGUAUUCCUAAAGGUUUUGGCAGUAUAAAGCUUAGAUAACAAUAUUUUUUCUCUUUCAAGCAACCCGUUGAUUUCUGAAUCGUAGACAAAUCAUUUCUAUAAGAAUGUUGCUGAUGUUUUCAUAGAUCCUGAUAAAACAACGCCUGUGCCCUCCACAGUUCUUCCUUGACUGUUACAAUGGCUUUGUAUUGCUACGAUAUCUUAGAAGAUACUAAACACAUGAAUUUUGCAUAAGCCUUCAUUUGCCAUUAUUUUAACAAUGAUGUAACAUGUAACUUGGACCCGUAUUCACCAACCAAUUGUUUGACUUUUGAGUAAAGAAUAGCCUUAGUCCAAAGAAAACAUACUUAAGAGUUUGAAUAUAUACAUGCUUAAUUUGAUGCAUAUGUCAUUUAAAAUAACUGUUCUAAAUGAAGAACGUUGAAAUUAUAUAUGUGGAAAUGCCAUGUAAAUAGUUAUAAAAUAUUGCAAUUUUACAAUUCUUUAUUUUUAAACUUAAUUAACCCUUUGCAUGCUGGGAAAUUUGCCGUCUGCUAACAUGUUGUCUGCUGAAUUUCUAAAAUUAGCAUUUUCUUUGAUUUUUUUCAAAAAAUACUAUCAGAAUAGCAAACUGUUUGGAUCCUGAUGAGACGCCACGUUCUGUGGCGUCUCAUCUGGAUCCAAAUUGUUUGCAGAGGCCUUCAAAAUUCGGUUCCAGCACUGAAAGAGUUAGUCUCAGAAUCAGUUGGUGAGUACGGGCCUGAUGUGACUGUAUUUUUGUAUUACUGCAUUCGGAGGGCAGGAUGAAGUCACCCGUUAGGUGGUGGUGACUCUAAACAUAACUACACACUUUUUUUUCCGUACUUUUUUUUUACUUGUUGGUUGUUUGUAUUGUUGCGAUGCUAUUUGCAUUCAGUAGGCAAGGUUUACAGAAAAUAUUUUGUACCUUGGAGGUGAAAAGGAGCAAAACGUUUAUAUUAUAUUUAAUUAUGAAUUUUUAUUGGAGUAAAAAUUACAUGAUUCAAAUCCGUGCCAUUGAACUGUAGCAGAAAUACACCAAGAGUUUUAUCAUAAAGUGCAUUAUAUUUAUAUUUCGGAAGUAUUACAACAUGUUAUAUUUUAGUGCUUUACAUGAAAUACAUAAAAUUGAGGAGAAUCAAUUUUUGGGCGAGACUACACUAUUUGUUGGUGAGACUACACUAUUUGUUGGUGACUAAUAUUUUGGAACCAUACUGUCUUUAUCAUGAAACAAGAAUACAAUAUUAUUAUAGAACUACCAGGGCACAUAUUUAUAAACCACCUUGUUGCAGCUGUAUAUGGACAUAUCACUUCAAAAUAGAUGUUGAAGAAUAUAACAUGACAAAAAUAACUUUUUGUGUCAAUUUUGAAUGUAAACCAGUCUCUGCAAAAAAUGGGCUUAAUGCUUGUGUGUUAAGUUUUGGUAUAGGCUUAUCAGGGACUACCCUAUCUGCUUGAACUGGUUUUUCUCUAAGAAGAGACUUUGUUUAAACGAAAAACGCCAUACAAGUUUUCAUCACAAGUUUAGAAAGCUAGCUUAACUUUUGAGGGGUAAUCAGCAUCAGCAGGAUGGUAUAUAACUACUAGCCUGGGUAUAGCUCUUCUCAGUUGCAUGCCAGUAUCUAGACAUUACCCCUAAAACAAACCCCUGCACCCCCCUCCCCUCCCAAUGAGAUGGUGUUGUUGGUAGGGAGGUGCAGGAUGAUUAUGAUAGUAAAAUGGUACUAAAAUAACUGCCUGUUUACAAACAGUUCAGAUCAUUUUACUUAAAACAAAUACAUGUAUGAAUUUUGUCGGUAGAAUUGCUUGGCUGUUUCAUAUGAACUAGCGGUUAUGGUGUAAGUUUUUAUGUCCCCCACUACUAUAGUGGGGGACAUAUUGUUUUUGCCCUGUCUGUUGCUUUGUUUGUGUGGAGCUGCACAUUUUGAGUGGUGAAAGGUCAAGGUCAUCCUUCAAGGUCAAAGGUCAUAUAUGGGGACAUAGUGUUUCACAAACACAUCUUGUUUUUAAUGUUUAAAACUGGAUUUCAUCAAAUAAAAAAAAAAGACAAAAAAUUAUGUCUUGAUGCUAGGAUGCCACUGUUAAGGGCGUGUCUACAUGGUUUGUGCACAUGUUUGUCAUGGAGCUAUAUGACUCGUGGACUGCAGUGGUUCAUUUUUUGUUAUCAUGGAUUCAUGUUCACUUAGCAUAACUAAAUAUUAAGUUGUAUUUGAUAUAAGAGCUCUUUUGGCUGACUCUUUCAUGCAUAGCAUUGUAUAAAAUUAAUAAGUUUACACCAGCAAAAAAUUAUAUUUAAGAAUAUUAAAUACAGUUUGUCCUUUGAUCAACACAAAUUUGUGUAUUUUUGUUAAACAUAUUUUAUCUGAAGUAUGAGUCUUACAAAAAUCUUGUUCAGUCAGAAAGGGUUGUCCCGCAUGAACCUUUGCGGACUGCACAGGCUUAUCUGGGACAACACUUUAAGCACAUGCAUUAAGCCCAUUUUGCCAGAACUGGGCUUUAUUAGUCUUUCAUUACUUGAAGAAGUUAGAAAAACUUUGCAAUAAACGCUAGUGUAAACUUUACUAUAUACUUACAUACAAUACAGCUAUUUGUGAUUUCUUUGUUAAUCAUGAACUGUUACACAAAUAUGGUUUUACAUACAUGUUCUGUUUGUUAGGCAUCAUCAUUAUAUAUACAUGUUAAGUGUAUUGAAAAUCAAUUAUUUUCACGGAGACUAUUAUCCAUUUCCUUGUAAUAAUCCAUAAAUAUAAAAGGUUGUCAGUGCAAAUGUUAAUUUAUAUUAAAUUUUCAAGCAGAAUUUAAAAUAUAACUUGUCAUUUUAGUAUGAGAAUAUGAUGUUUUUGUGAUCUUAGUAAGUUGUUACAUUGUUCCAUUUAAAACUGAGAGCCGUGUUCUUUAAUACUUGUUUUAACUAAGUUUAGCCAUAUAAAUAUGUAAUCUUCUGAGUAGUGAAGAGUUGUGUGUAACCACACCCCAUCUUUGGUUGGUGUGAACAUAGAUAGAACCUUUUAGAAUUUCAGUAGACCUGCAUGCAUGAGAUGGAGUGAAUGGUUUGUUUUUAUUUUGCAUAGAGUUUUUUUUACACUGUUACGUAGGUGCAAUUUGAUUGAAAUUUUAAGGAAGGUUAUUGUAUCACAUGCAUGAUCAGGUCUUGUUGUUUUUGUAAGAAAUCAGGUGUGAAAGUAAUGAAUAUUUUUCUAUACAGUUUUGAUCAAAUGUAUUUUCUAUUGUAAUUUUUGUUAGGUAUACCAUCUUUAGUGUAGGGUAAAUGAGGUGUUUAUCAUUCAACUGUAUUUUAACACUGUGAAGAUCUCUGUGUUGCUGGUUUCGGACUUGUACUCAGAUGUGUUAUCGUAGUAGUGACAUGUGUACUGAAUUGUUAUUUAUAUUUGAUCAGUGAAUUAUCUGUGCCAUACAGUCAUAUAUGAGCCUCACUAUGGGACAAGGGGGCUUAAUGCAUGUGUGCAAAGUGUUGUCCCAUAUAGACCUGUUCAGUAUGCACAGGCUAAUCAGGGACAAAACUUUUGCCCUUUACUGCAUCUUGGAAGAGACCUCCUUCAAAUUAAAAAUUCCAUAAUUUCAGAAAGAGUUGUCCCUGAUAAGCAUUGCAGACUGCACAGGCUAAUCUGGGACGUCACUUUAUGCACAUGCAUUAAGCCCUGUUUUCCUGUCACGAGUCUCAUUUGAUCAGUGAAUUCUUGGUGCCAUACAACUAUGUGUUAUAUAUUAAGUGUGUGCUAGUGAUGGAUCAUGGCUAUUUUAUCAUUAUAUCACUUUUUCCAAUACUGAUUUAAGGCUUUCAGUGUCUGGUCAGUCACAAGUGUCCCAGCUAUCUAAAUCAGAUAAGGUCACUAAACCACGCUUUUGAUUUAACUAAUCACUGUCUUGUUGAAAAUUUAAAACAAAUACCAAAGUGUUGCACUUUUUUGGCAAUUAGCGAUGAUUUGAUAUUUUUAAAUACUGACAUGCUAUUUCUGCAAACAAUAUUCUGGGAACCAUUCCGGCAGUAAACCCGCCCUGUGACGUGCAUUUCCCGCAAAGUCACAGUCUGAUGAAGAUUCACCAAUGGUGGAUCGAAACUGUCACGGUAUGUGAAAAAUUUCUUGGAAUGUACAUAGAAACUGUUAAAUAAUUUUCAAAAACUUUCCUGAUGAAUUUCUUUCGAAACAAUAUUCUCAUUUUAUCUCCUACAGAAUAAUUGUUGUAUUAUUUGCAAAGCUGUGUAACAAACUGACAGUGUUUGUUUUUUAUUAUACCCCCAUUACCAUUGGUAAUGGGGGCUAUAUAGGAGUCACUUUGUCGGUCUGUCGCGAAAUUUCAUCCGAUCUUCACCAAACUUGGUCACAAGUUGUGUCUUGAUAAUGUAUAGGUCAAGUUUGAAUAUGGGCCAUGCCGGGUCAAAAACUAGGUCACGGGGUCACUUAGUGUGUUUUAAACCGAAAGUUUGUCCGAACCAUAACUUUGUCAUUUAUCGUUAGAUUUUUUAAAAUAACUUGAUACAUUUGUCCCCCAUCAUGGGGCGGUGUGUCGCGUGAAAAAAGUAUGUCGAUAUCUCCAAGGUUAAGGUCACACUUGGAGUUCAAGGGUCAAAUGCUUGUCCGGGCCAUAACUUUAUCAUUUAUUGUGAGAUUUUAAAAUCAUUUGGCAAAUAUUUUCACCAUCAUGGGACGGUGUGUUGCGCGAAAGAAUUACGUCAAUAUCUUGAAGGUCAAGGUCACACUUUGAGUUCAAAGAUUAAAAAAUUGGCCAUAAAUGAGCUUGUCUGGGCAGUAACUUUGUUGUUCAUUGUGAGAUUUUAAAAUCAUUUGGCGCAUUUGUUCACCACCAUUGGACGGUGUGUCGCGCGAAAGAAUUACGUUGAUAUCUCCAAGGUCAAGGUCACACUUUGAGUUCAAAGGUCAAAAAUGGCCAUAAAUGAGCUUGUCCGGGCCAUAACUAUGUCAUUCAUUGUGAGAUUUUAAAAUCAUUUGGCAUAUUUGUUCACCAUCAUUGGACGGUGUGUCGCCCAAAAGAAUUACGUCGAUAUCUCAAAGGUCAAGGUCACACUUUGAGUUCAAAGGUCACAAAUGGCCAUAAAUGAGCUUGUAUGGGCCAUAACUAUGUUGUUCAUUGUGAGAUUUUAAUUCAUUUGGCACCUUUGUUCACCAUUAUUAGACGGUGUGUCACACGAAAGAGUUACGUCGAUAUCUGCAACAUAAUGGUCAAACUGUGAGUUCAAAGGUCAAAAAUGGCCAUAAAUGAUCUUGUACGGGCCAUAACUAUGUCAUUUAUUGUGAGAUUUUAAAAAUAACUGGUUCAAUUGUUCACAAUCAUUAGACGAUGUGUCAUGCGAAAGAAUGUCGAUAACUCCAAGGUCUAGGUCACACUUGGAGUUCAUAAGUAAAAAAAUGGCCAUAAAUUUGGACGGCAUGUCAUGCGAAAGAAGUCAAGAGUUCAUAGAUCGAAAUGGCCAUAAAUGAUAAUAGAAUUAUCAUUCUUAAAAAUCGCCAUUAAUUUGAUUCUCUUGUUUUGUGAAGACAGCAAGCAAAAUAGUCUGUGUCAAUGCGGCACGUGGGGGUAUAUGUCACGUCUGUUACAAAGCUCUAGUUAGAUCAGGAGCUUUUCAUAUUAGGUUAGUAACGAUAAAUGACUAAAUGACAUAAGAAAUAAGACUUUAUCAUAAAAUACAGUCUUGUUAUUUUUUCUUGCGUAUUUUGAUGCUGAAAAAAACACGAUACUCCGUGAGACACAUUUUUUAGAUGGCUUCUUUCUGACGGUACCAUGUGGUACAGUGUAGCAAAUUCAUAUUGGGCUUUAGCAACCCUCUUGCCAAAUAUUUAUUUACUGACCCAGUAUCACACCAUACCAAGUUGGUAAGAUGACCUGUUAGAUAUGACUGUUAUGGGGCCUGCCAGACACUGAUUCCAUAUUUGUUUCCUGGCUUUGUGGUGCUUGAUAUAUUCUAUUAUUUUAAAUUUUUCAUUAAUUUUUCAUAAAAUAUAAGCAUGCUAUUUAUCAGCUUUUUUCAUUCAUUAUUUAGACACAAAUUACUAUAAGCACAAAGUGUGAUCAGUUUUAAGAUGUACCGAAUGGUAUGCUAUCUGAUGUUCAAGCUAAUAGAAAGGAAAAAAGAUAUUUAUUUAAACCUGGAAUUAUGGCAUUCAAUUUGUUUAUAUGAAAUGUUUAGUCAAUGGGCGUUAAUAUACACUAUUUGUUAUACAUUACUGUUAACAUUAAGAACUUGUGAAAAACAUAAGUAAAAGAACUUGUUAAUUUGUUAUAUUCUGCUUUUUUGUUUAGUUAAGCAUAAAACCACAACUUGUCAACAGUUGUUCAACUCUUCCAUAUAAAACCAUGUUGCCAUCAAAUGUACUGUUAGUGCUAUUACAACCAGUGUCAUAUGUAAGAUAUGUAUGCAAUUUAUUUUUUAAGUAAUUAUUUAUUUUACUUUUAUGUUCACAUGUGCCAUAUUUAGUUUCAAACUAUGUACAUAUGUUUGCCAUAUUGCAAUUUACAUUAUUUGAUAUACUGUUUGAUUUUACCUGUGCUAAGCUCUUUUGUUUUAUUAUCACGCAACAUUGCCUGGGUUUCGGACUGGUUGUUACUCCUGCUGUCUAUGACUGUAACACAGUCUGCCAUCUGACGACACUUCCAUAUAGAGCGAUGUGGCAACCCGGUGAACUAGUGGGAGAAUAACCAGUCUGAAGUAUGAUGUACCUUCGAGCAGAAGGGUAGUGGCCAGCUGAUAUGGACAAUGUCCCCACAAUAUAGUCUUAUAUGUGCCUUGUUCUAGGAAAACUGGGCUUAAUAUGUUAACCAUUUGCAUGCUGGGAAAUUUGUCGUCUGCUAAAAUGUUGUCUGCUGAAUUUCUAAAAUUAGCAUUUUCUUCGAUUUUUUUCAAAGAAUACUAUCAGAAUAGCAAACAGUUUGGAUCCUGAUGAGACACCACGUUUUGUGGCGUCUCAUCUGGAUUCAAACUGUUUGCAAAGGCCUUCAAAAUUCAGUUUCAGCACUGAAAGAGUUAAGUGUUGUCACAGAUAAGCCUGUGCAGUUCACACAGGCUUAUCAUGGAUGAAACUUUCCGCCUAAACUAGAUUUUUGUUUUGACAGUACUUCGUUUAAAAUAACAAUCCCAUAAAAGCGAAAAGUGUUGUCCAUGUGCAGACCGAGCAGGCACAUCUGGUACGACACUUUACACGCAUGCAUUAAGCCCAGUUAUCCCGAAACAAGGCUUAAGUGUCCUUCACUCUUACAUAGCAGUACAGUUAUACAUACAUUCUUUAAAGCUAGUCUGAGAAUAUUAAUACUAGUGUUUUCCAAAAUAUUUAAUAUUGCAGAGAAUUUGUAAUAAUUUUUUCUCAGUAAAAAUGAAAUGCGAUACAUUUUUGACAAAACAUGUGCAAAUAUCAGUGUACUUGUAAUACAAUAACUCAUCAGUUUUGUAAAAACAAUAUUAGAAAUAGGCAUUCAUAUAUCUGUAGAACACUAUUUAAAAGUAGAUUAUUUGUCCAUGAGUUUGCGUGUUGUGUGCAUUGUCUAUAUCACUGAGCAGGACUGGAUUUGUGUAGCAGAUCAAGAAGUUUGUGCCAUAAUAUCUUAAGUCUUAUUUACACUUCUUUAAUGUUGUCACGCUGAUGAAAUCUAUUGCAAUGGUGACCCUACAUUUGGUCGACCUUUUAAGUACAGUUGGUCAUAUAAUCUUACUAUGGUAAUGGUAUUUAUUUAACAACUUUGUAAAUAAUUUGUAACUUAACUGCAAGAGUCUACCUGAAAAUCCUUUGGUGAAAAAAAAAUGUGUGAAAAAAAUUACUGGACAAAAAUAAAAUCUGGUUAACUUAAUGUACGUUAGACAGUCGAACCUACACUUAGAGUGGGUGACACCAUUGCAGUGUUCUCAGAGGUAUUUGGAGUGCAUGGAAUGCAUUCACAUCUUACUAGUUUAUGCUUUUUUGUAUUUCCGUUUGUGUGCAUGUCAAUCUGAACGUACAAAGUACAUGUAAAAUUGAAUAAAUAUUUUGUCUUGCAA